GGAGCCCGGGACUUGGCGGAUGCCGGUGGGGACUUGGCUCGGCUUCGAGGCAAGCUGCGCAGGAACUGCCCUAGUCGGCAAGAGCUGCUACUUUUGCGCCGAGAUCUCAUGUUCUGGUGGGACCGACAUCGCUUCCACAGCAAGUGGGAGAAGCUUCGCACGGCUUUCGAUGGCACCGUGCAAGCCGUCGAACUUUGCCGCAAGCUCCAGCGUCCACGCGCGGUUGUGCAACUUCACAUUCCCAAGACUGCUGGGUCGGCCAUGAAGGAGUGGGCCGAGACGGCAGGUUUCCGAGUGCUGGACCAGACUCAGCAGAUCAAGCAAGGUGAUGGUCCCUACUGGAUUGGCACUGCUGGCAUUCCAGGAUCUUGUCGCCAGCGAGUGCGAGAGAACAGGGAUCGGAACACCACGUGGGUGGCCGUGGAGCGAUGGCUGGAUUUGCCUUUGUGCGAUGACUUCCAGUACGUCGUCGCACUUCGGGAGCCUGUCAUGCGUACGCUGCAUCAGUUUUCGCACAAGCUCUCUUACUUCCGAGACUUCUUGCCAUCGGGAAGGCUCCCUUGGUAUGAGCAGAUCGAGAAUCUGGAAGGUCAGCUUCGCUCGCUGUGGACCUACGAGGAGCUGGGCCACUUGCUUAGAGGGCGGCGCCGUUCCCGUCUCCUUCUGGGGAAGGAGCUGUCAGCGAAUCGAAGUUUGUCGUCGGAGAGGUGGCCAGUCGACUGGCUGGAGCUUUGGAUGGGGAUGUCCAGCAACUACCAGGUGCGAAGCCUAGCUGGCAAAGGAGGUGGUGCUGCCUACCUGGAACGUGGAGAGCUCGCAGCGAGGCGCCUCGCAGCUGCGAAGCGAGUGCUCGCAGAGUUCGAUGUUGUUCUGUCGGUUGGCCGUGGCGGUGUGGAUCGAAGCCAGGAGGAGUUACUCUGGCAGGGCUUACAUAUGGAGUCUCGUGGACACACGGCGCGAAUUGGCUUCCCCUUCGUUUCCCACUUCAAGUUCGGAGACGAUGAGCCGCAGCCUUUCCGCUUCAACCUCGUGAAUCUUACCUGGCCCUCGCGGUUGGAGCUGCAGUUGCGAAACUACGCUGACAGAUCCUUAGUGAAGUUUGCAGGGCAACUUCAACGGCUGGAUCGGAUCUACUUCGCGUGGGUUGAAAAGAGAGUGACGGGAACCGAGAGUUUCUUGCCAAUGGCCCCGAUGGUAGUUCUAGGUCUCGAGCGAUUCGAGAACAAGUAUGGCGAGUCGCCCGGCAUCAUGAGCAUCAUGGGUGCUUGCGCAGUCCAGGCAAGCAUCCUCAGCAUCCUCAGCCAGACAGGACCAGCAACACGGGCAGCAGCGUCCGGACAGGGCCAACCAGCAUCAUGA